AUGAGCAGCUCUCUGGCCGAUGCGUCCUUGCUGGGCAGCACGCAGAACGGCGACGCCAUGGGCUCGGGAGACAACGCGCUCAGCUUCAAUGACAGCGACUUUUACCUGAACAUGGACGAUGUCGACAUCGGUCCCCAGAUUGGGCAGGGAGCCUUUUCCAAGGUCUACUUGGGACGUUACUUCGGGGAGCUGGUCGCGCGGAAGCUUCUCCGUUAG